AUUCAUAUGCUAGGACACCCCCCCCCCAAAAGUGUCAGAGUGAUGUAUGCACAGGGGAUAGUAGCUUUGUUUCCCUAUCUAGAAGACCCAUACUCACAACAUGGAUAUGAACAUUACUACGAUCCAGAGAGUGGUUCAGGAUACCUUGCAUGGAGAUUGAAGACAAUACAAAGAAAAACAGCAGAGGAAAGGGGUGCCUCAGUCAGCAAAUCUCCUAAAGUUGGUGGGCCAGGUCGUGUUCGUCAGCCCUUCACCUUUGACAGAGAGCCAUCUGAUGAGGAUGUGGAAGCAGCUAUUGCCGUUUUGAGACACUCUGCUGAUGAAAAGACUGUCCGUGAGAAGAUGAAAAUGACCUUCAUAUAUCGGCAAGCAAUGGUCAACGAUGAAGCCAAAUCAUCAGAUGUCUUCUCGGUCUUCCCACGAUUUCUGGACACACCAGGACUGAUAGAACAAGAUUUCAGAUUUCUGUUUGGUGAGGCCACGGCCAACAAAUUCUUGGAGAAGUGGCCAACCACUUUUAAAGCAAAAGUAAUAAAGGAGAGCCAUGGACUUGUACCCACCACAGAACUCUUGGAUUUGAUGUGCAAUGCUAAGUCAGCUGCUGAAGUUGAGAAUGGCUGGGACAGUGACAUGUCGGCCAUCUUGCUGCUGCUACAUCUGCUGCCACCAUCUGCACAAGGUAGAAAGAGGCCGGGAAAGCUUUCUGCGUAUCAAGCUGUAGAUCAGCUCAUCAGAUUUCAAAAGGUUGGAACCAGUGUGCAGCAGCAUCUAGACAACAUCACCCAAAGCAGUCAGCCCUACCUUCUCGCCCAGGGAUCCACACAGAGCACCAUUCACUCCUACUUCAUUGUGGUUGACAAGCAUGCACUUCCAUGCAAGGCAACAGGUUCAGUUGGAGCUUUUGACGAACUCUUUAAAGCCCAUUACGUCUUUAGUACGUCAUACAGUUCUUCCCUGAGCAGCUUUUUCACAUUUGUGCAAACAACCAUCUAUAACAUCGACAUGGGGGAAACAAAGGAGACCCCUAGAGUUGCAGAAUUGCGGGCAAGGAUGGUGCGUUAG